AUGAGCUGGAUUUGGUCGAUUCUCCUCGAAGCGAGUCUCCAGAACUGGGAAACGAAGAGGUUUUUGUCGCUGAUCUACAACACCCUGGAUGCUCCAGCUCAUUUCAUAUUGGAGAGUGAUUGGCAAAGAUUUGGUAUCAUUUUUGCUUCAACUUUUGGCUUCACAUGGGUAUUCAAGAUUCCAUUGUUGUGCAUCAAGUAUGGAGCUUGUAAAUGGUUUAUUGUUUUUGAUUCUUUGAAUUUUAGGUAUUGUUUGUAGGGAAAUGAAUUUUAGGUAUUGUUUGUAGGGAAAAUUUCACGUCCAAAAGCGCCAAGACUUUCUCACGGCAUUUAUAUUGUAGUAGUUGACAAAAAGUUUUACUUACAGGGCUGGGCGGCGUAAGAUAAAUUCACUGAUAAUGUUGGUCGAGGUACAAAAUCAAAAUCAGUUUACUCACAACACUGGGCGGGGUAAAAGUCACAAAAAUUAUCCUUUCAUAUCAAAAAUCUCAUUUCAGUGUCGUUCUUCUCCUUCUACGCACUUGUUCUCCUGGGUUUUCCAGACUGGGACGGUGGAAUUCCUUCACCUUGUGAUGUGAAUAAAAAUUUUCAACGUCUACUAUAAUAUCAGGGCUGAAGAAAAGUAUUGUUAUCAAUUUACAUGUAUUUUCACGUCCAAAAACGCCAAGACUUUUCUCACAGCAUUGAUAUUGUAGUAGGGACAAAAAGCUUUACUCGUAGAGCUGGGCGGGGUAAAAUACCAAAAUAAAUUUUCUCACAGGCCUGGACGGGGUAAAAAAUGAGAAACUAUGUCACCCACCGUUUUGGGAGGGGUAAAUAGCCAAGGAGGAACAUUCUUUUGUAAAAAAACCUUAUUUUAGUGUCGUUCUUCUCCUUCUACGCACUAGUCCUGACGUUUGUCGCUAUUCCCAUGGCUUAUAUCCAACUCUCACUCGGCCAAUAUUCAUCCCUACCUCCGCUUCAACUCUUUACCAGGAGAACGCCGUUAUACAAGGGGCUGGGAGUAUUGUUGACCGUAGUUCGUGUCGCAGUGAUCUAUGUUGUGUUUGAUGACUUUAUGGUACAGGACUUAAUCAACUCGGUUUUUGUGUUGCUACGAACACAUUCUAAUGGAGAGACUUGGGCUGAUUGUCGAUUACCAACCAACUUCUUGAGUAGGUUUUGAUUUUGAAGGUUUUCGUGGUGGGACUGAUACUAGUAUCAUAAUGGUAAUAUAUCAGUACUACACUAGUACUAUGUCAUAACAUAACACCUAUAAAUCGCAACAUACCAUGCUGUAUAUGGCCACAUUUUUAGACUGUUACGACCGGUUGAUCAUUUGCAAAGACAGAUACAGCAACUAUAACUCUUCAGUCUUCUACCAGUACCUCGGCGAAUGUAGAGAGGUGUUUAUUGAAGGCAAACUGAAUCCAAACUACACAUACGAACAAGCCGUGAUCAUCAUGACAUAUGGUCACGCUGCGUUGAGGGAAACACCUAUCGAAACGAAUCUACAUCAGGCUUUGGAUGUAGGUUCAUAUUUGGUCUUUUAUAACAUGUUAAGUCUUGGUAUUGACAUGUCAGUUGUAAUUACACUGGUUUAUUAGGUUGUUCAGAUAAUUUUGUGCCUUUAACAUUGCAGGUUUGCGUUGAGAGGGGCACAGAAUUAUUUGGUCAACCUAAUAGUAUCUCUAUCUUAUAACCUAGCGGCUCCUUAGACUUAUUCAAAAAGUCUUGUCGUUUUUUAUUAUUAAUUUGCACGUAAAAAAGCGACAAGACUUUUUUGAAAGUGUUUUUUUCACAAUUUUUUAAAAUAAUUUUGAUGUUUUUGAAUUCAGAGUUAUCCCAACUUGAUUAUCGUGACAUCAGUCUUGUUCUCCAUGAUGUUCAUGUUGUUCUUCGGUGUUCAUGGAGUGAACAAGCUCGGCUUGGUAGGUGUGAUAUCAAGUACAAUAUCAAUAUGA